AUGGCUAUCACAUUGCAGGACGUAGCCUAUCAGCUGGGGCUCAGAAUAGAUGGUGAUCCUGUGAGUGGAUGCAUUGGUGGGUGGGAGCAGUACUAUCAGAGACGCACCAUUGAAGAGUUUUGUGAGCAGCUACUUGGUGUUGUUCUUGACCCAGAUGACCGACAGUCACAGACGAGGAGGACGGUAAAACUCACGUGGUUCCAGAACAUAGUUUGUGGAGAGUUUGAGCAGGACGCCACAGAGGAGCGCCUGAUGAGGUACAAGAGAGGGUACAUCAUGCAGCUAAUAGGGGGUAUGUUGUUCUCAGAUGCCUCUGACUCUCGGGUGCACAUUAGGUGGCUCCCACUGCUGGAAGACCUUGAGACGUGUGGUCGAUUAUCGUGCGGGUCGGCGGUGCUAGCUUGGCUGUAUCGCCAGAUGUGCCGGGCCACGGAGCAUGACCAGCGUAAUUUGGGCAGGUGGGUUCAGGACCGCCCAGACAAUGACAGGGGCGAGGGCAGGCUUAGGCGUUACAAGCGUACCCUAAAUGGGAUUGGGAUGCUGAAUGUUGAGUGGACGCCAUAUGCUGACCCACAGCUGAUUGGUCUAGCUCCAUCGACAAUAGCCGAGGCGGAGGCGUCAUCGGUGGUUGUAUGUCCACUGCUUUGCUUUGUUAUCGUCGAGUGGCAUCAGGUGGACCGAGCCGUACGUCAUUUUGGUGGUCUACAGCACAUUCCGACUAGGCCACUAAACAUUGACGACAUGCACCGGUUGGAUGGCCGGUUUGGCCGCGUCGAGUGGUUCACGCAUCUUCUUGGUGGCUGGCAUGAGUUAUGUGAUGCUCGGGUCCACCAUCAUCUGCCCAUACACCAUUAUAUAGACCUGUGUCCGUCGCUCCCAUAUAUGACUUGGUACAUUCAGUGGGCGCACACAGAGUUAGUCGGCCUUGGUGAGCAGCACCUAGUGGCAGCUGGGGUUGUGCCACAUGAUCUGCCCACGCACCAUCCACUUGCUCCAGAUCUGCAUUAG